GACCUCCAGCACCGUUUUCCCACCGUUCGGCGCCUUGUAAGUGCCAUCCAUUCGACUGCAGCGACGUCAAAACAGCACAUGCCCGUUUUCGAAUCGAUUUCCAUGUGAGAAAUCAGUCCUCAGCGAGUGAGAAGGUUCUCACGACACUUCCAAACCUCCCGGAAGCACGCCAACCCAGCUAGAAGGAGGACCAGAGGACAGACUCCCACCCGCCGAGGCUCGAAACAGUCAUGGGCUGCCCGGGGCCACUCGACAGACGGGGUCGACCAGGGUCCUUAGCCGUAUCUGGCCCGAGCGAGCGAGAAUCUCCAGCCCACCGACUACCGUUGCUGGCCAGACCGUCUGGCUUCAUGACCCAGUCAGUGUGCUUCGCAUGCGCCCAACCCCCAGGAAGCAGCAGUAGGAGGAGGAUGACGAUGACGACGAAAGGGAUGAAGGGAAAGAGGGCGAGAAGAUGCGCCAAAUUCAAAGCCCAAUCGAACCCGGAAACCCAAGCACCACCACAACACCAAUGCGAGCCCAGGCACGAGUAAAAAGCCUUCCAGGUCCAGCCAUGCGGGCCGUGGCCAUGACGGGCCCGGCACCGGCCCAUGCCAGACCACGCCAGACAUGGGAUCCCGCCAAAGAAAAUGACCGAAACAAACCCUGAGUGCAGCCCAGACCUUACGGCUACGCUCCAGUGGGCACGACUACAUUACGUGCGUGCUGUGUCCUGCGAAAGAAGGGCGCCACACCAUACAACACCACCGCGGGCGCCGUCUCAAUCGGGG